AUGAGCCCAGUUACACGCUCCGCUAGCCGUCCACAGGCAUCGUCGAGCAAACGUGCUCUCGACCACGAUGAACCUCCCCCAAGCAGUACGGCCAUUGAUUCACCAUCGGAAGAAGAGCAGGAAGAGACGAAAGAAGAGCCUGUCACCGUUCAGGGUUUGCUCAAGCAAGCACUGAGAGGUGCAAGGUACCUUGAGCGUGAUAAUGAAGCACUGCGCAAGAAAGCGCGCGCACUUGAGGAGAAGCUAGGCAGGCUUCAGGAGGCGGAUGAUGCUCUGAUUCGUCCGAAGAGAACGCAGAGAGCCGCAGUGACCGUGACGACCCUGCAGAGAGAGGUGCACAGACUCGAGGCUCAGGUGGGGAAGCUGGAGAAGUCAAAGGAGAAGUAUAGGAAGAGGAUCCAUGAGCUGCGUAUGAAGGAGAUCAAGACGGACGCCGACGAGUUAGCGGAUGGCGCGGAAUUCGAAGUAGGUGACUCCGCAUACACGAUGCGCAAGCUCUUGCGCAGAUUCCAUGACCUCAUGAUGGCGAACUCACUCGAGGAGGGGUCUGAAGAGUGUCCGAUAUGCAUGGAGCCUCUGAAGCCCAAGGAAUGUCGCAGCCUCCCAUGCCAGCACAUGUUCUGCAAUGACUGCGUGCAGCAACUCAAGCCCGUCCAGGGGGACCCAUACAUCGAGUCGAUCUGCUGCCCUCAGUGCCGAAACGUGUGCCAGAAAGACGAGCUGGAGCUUGUGGAGUAUACCGCAUCUGAGCAAUGGGACGCCCUGCUUGACGUUGCGAAGCGGUGGGCGAGGAUGGACAUCCGUCGGGAAGCGGAAACCAGUGAAGAGGAGGACGAAGAGAACUUCAUUGUCGAGGGUGAGGGCGAGGAUGAUGCGAGGUAG